AUGAACAGCCAACAAAACUUUUUAACAUUAUCUACAGACAUUUCUGAACCAUUCGUUAUUCCAAACGUUUCUCCAAUCUCUAUAGUGAGAGCAGAAACACCAAAACCACAAAUUAUUAAGAACCAGCUUUGA